AUGGCGCUUGUCAUGUUACCUUGCGAUCUCCCUUGGUGGACUACUGUUCAACGCCAUUUAAAACAUUUGCUCGUAGCUUCUUCCUCGACAAAACUUACUGCUAGCAUGCUCAAAAUUCAUGAUAUGUGCAACAUAGGUAUAGAUCCUGAUGAUGAUAUAAAAGAUCCUGAAUUAUUAAAGGGCUUCGAAGAUUUUUUAGAGCAAGAAUUAAAUGAUGAAGAACGACGAAACUUUUUGGACAAUACAAUCCAAAUAAUGGUAAACAGAGCGUUGCAUUUGAAGAAGUGGCGCCCACCAAAAGGACUUAUUUUUAGCUUACAACAACAAAGUGACGUAACGGAGCUUGACUAUAAUUUUCUCUCGUCUCUCAUAGCGCAUGCCUUUUUCUCAACAUUUCCGAAAAGAACGCUCAAAACACAUCCGACGUUACAAGACUUCAAUUUUACUCAUUUUUUUAAGAAUUUACACAGAAAAUCACAACGGAAUAAGCUAAAAAGCCUCUUACAUUAUUUCGAGUGGCUUGAUAAAAAUAGUAAUGAGGGUUGUAUUAAAUUAAGUAGACACGUAAUGACUUCCAAGCAAUGGUUAACAAUAGAAGACUGGUUGGAAUGUUCACUACCUUUAUGUAAGUUAAUGGUUAGGCAUGAGGGUAGGCCUGAAAGAUGCGAAAAUGAUGACGCGAUGAGGGUAUGUUUCGCUUCUAGCCGAAUAGGUGGUGAUGUACUAAUUGAUGGAAACUCACAGGAAUCUCUAUCAAUGUUUAUGAUGCCCGAACUCUUGCCAGCGAUGCUUUCUGUUGAAGCGUUGGAAGACAACGAAAUUUUAAAAGUAGAAGGCGUUAGAAUGUUUAGCAGAAUUAGUGACAAAAAGUCGAAGCCCAAUCUAGAAUUACUCAGCGAACCAAAAACGGUAAAUGUAUGUUUAAUGGAUGCAGAGGACUAUAGUUCCCUCCCUUUAGGACAAUGGGAGGAAGAUAAUAUUCUACGCGAAUUAAACAAGAGCCUCUUAGCCUUCCAACAAUCUCCAACGAAAUCUCGCGAUCAGAAAAUCGAAAGAAGACUGUCGCCGAUUGGUGAAUCAUUUAGUCAUACUCCAACGGACGUGGAAACUACCAUUAUGAUUAAACAGGCAUCUUCCUGUAGUACAAUUAAUAGCAUAAACAGUAGGAGCCCAUCGCCCCAAAACUAUUGUGCAGCUACGUUAAACCUCAACGACCCAAGUGUUGAGCUUCAAAAAAGAAAAUGCUGGUUAUCUCCCGAUGCCGGUACGCUAAACAAUCGUCGCGGAAGAUUUAUUGUCCUCGGGUCUUCCGGUGAAUGUCUACCAGUUACAAGAAACUCUGGAUUACAAUCAGCUGAAACACAAGAAGAUAGCCUUUAUUCCAGUUGCAAUUCAAGCGAUGAUGAAUUCCAUAGUGCAAACAGCAGCUUCGAUGACGCUGGCAGCGAAGAUGAGGGGCGUGGAGAAAGCGGGCGGCCAAAUUCAUUCCAAUAUUCAAAAGAAUUAUCCACCGAAGAGAGAAGGUUAAGCUUUGCCUCUCGCCUCCGGGAAGCGCUGAAAAGAGAAGCUGAGAACUCCUGUACUACCAGCUCAACCGGUGACUGGUCGACUGAUAGUUCGAGUUAUGCAGUUGGAGUGAGUAUAUCUGGAGCGGAAGUAAACGACAACGACAUUAGAGUAAAACGCGGUGGCUCCGUGGGAUUCGUAUUAACGGAGGAAGACACUGUAGAAAAUCGUAAACCACCCCGACGCUUGCUUUCAAGGAAGGAGACUGGAAAUAGUUCCAAAUACAGCUUUAGCACUGAAUAUACAUCAGAGCUGGAGGAAGUUUAUGAACAGUUUAAUCAAUGGUUAAAUGAUCCAAUCGCAGAUCACGAAUCUCAUGAUAUUAAAAACCGUGAACUCGAUUCAAGGGACUUAGCAGUUAUAAGGUUUGCGGGAUCUCUUCUUAAACGAACGCUAAGCGAAUCCAUGGCAAGCGGUGGAACUGGGGUGGGAGCUGGGGGGUUAGAAGCAGCAGAGCUUUACGGAAGGGACACCAGAGAGAGGGUAGCGCCACGUCGUCUCGCUCUAGCUGCACGUUCGCUCUCGCUUGAACUAGCUCGACAUAGACAUCGUCUUGCAGCUCAUUUGAGACGUAAAGUUAAAGAAUCAAUUCCCGAGGAGAUAAGCGUGAAUAACGAAAUGGAAAUCGAGAUUGCACACAAAGACCCAAAUAGUAACGCGAGAUCUCUUAGUACUUCAACGGAGACAUGUUCAACCCAGAUCUCGAAUCCUAAUGUUAGGAGGAAAAAGCUGAACUGGGUUGUAAAUAUGAUCGUAGAAACCAUAGAAGAGACGGUCGAAUGUGAACCUGUCACGAUAAAAAUAAAGAAAAAUAAGCUAAACCAGUUGGCGAAUAAAAUUGUCUCCGGCGGGUCAUGCAAGCCGGUGGCCACUGGAAAUUGGGGAUGCGGAAGUCGACAACGUGGACAUGCCCAGUUAAAACUAUUACUGCAGUGGAUGGCGGCGAGCGUCUCUGGCGUACCAGCGCUGUUUUACUAUACAUUCGGGAAUGAAAAGCUAUUUAAGUUGGACACGCUAGUCAGGGUGUUGGUGGAUAGAAAAUGGACAGUUGGACAACUGGCGCGAGCUGUGCUCAAAUUUUCACGACAGUUUCUGCACGAGCACCACGUCAUUCCCGACAAUCAUACACUAUUCGACGAACUCAUAGGCAUUGAAAAAAUACCGGAUGACGAUUAA